AUUUUCAUUUAAAACUCUUGCCUAUAUGUUGCACCACAUAUACAGUCAAAGAAAAGUAGACCGAGAUAGCAUUCAGUUGCCAGUUUAAUGAGAAAUUACACUUAUUGGAGGGACAACAUGACUGUUAUAGCUCUCAGUAUAAAGCAAUACAAAUCACAAGCACCACAGAAGACCAAGACGAUGAUAAUGUUGAAUCAACAGCUCCAAACAAUCUUUAUGUUGGAUUUAUUAUGGGGAUGUUGUAUUAAACAGAUUUAGCUAGAUGUACCUAAUUAACUAGCAACUGCAUGUAUAGUACAUCAUUAUCAUUCUGUGUAAACGUUUUUUCACAUUCAUCAGUUCCAGGAAACAAACGAAUGAAUGAAUGCAGAUGCCAGCAGUAGAUUAGACGUCUAAUACACAGGUUAGAUUUGUGCUGUUUACGGUUACAAAUAGAGGUAUCACUGUAAAAGUGUAGGCUGCACCUUCUGAAAAAUAUAUACCACACACCGACGUGUGUCUGUUUUUAUUUUAAUUUUAUUUUAAGUUGUUUUAUUAUUGUCAAAAAGUGUAAAAGAAACACUCUGUGUAUUUAUAUUCGUGUUUAAAAGUUUCUAAUGUAUUAUAUAUUACACCCUGCACUAACUACAUUCUUUGUUAAAAUUAGCGUUAAAUUGUAUUUGAAGGCAUGACGGUUUCACCACAUGUAUGCUGUAACUUUAACUUUUGUCACCAUCUGAGUCUAUUUAUCUCAGAGACGCCUAAGACAGAGGCGUACAAUAUGUGGCAGAUGUUGAACCGAAGAAUAAUUUAAUGUUAUUUGUUUUUAUUUUAAUGAUGUCAUAAUACAAAAUACCCUGUCUGUUAACACAUAUAGGCAUAUGUGCUAACAGACACUUUCAUAAAUAAUACAUAUUAAAAACAUUAUGCUCUAUAUUAGUGAUCAUUUCUGUAAAAUGCAACAGUUUUACAUUUAAAUGACACAACAAGAAUACACAGCAGCAUAUUAAUUCACUUGUGAAUGGUUAAAACCUUUUGCGCCUAUUCCAUGUUACAUUUUGUACAUUCAAUUAUAUAUAUUUAUUGACCACUCUUUCAGCUCUCUUAGGAAAAGCCAAAAAGGUAAAUUUAAAUACAGAAAUCAUUUUCCACAUACAGAUACAGUCCUGACAGGAAGUCUCAGUAACACAAUAAAUGAUGAGAAAACAUGUAUUUGAGUCUGCUCAUCUGCUCAGUUCCUCAAUUUCCAAGUUUUCCAUUCCUACUUACUCCUCUUGUUGCUCUUGGUUUCCUUUUCACAACUUUAGACCCCAUAUUUCCUGGAACUUCCAGUACAGCUACAGAGCAGUGAGCAGGUGAACCAAAGCAACGAAGAACUGGUGAAAAAGUAGCAGACUCCAACAAACACCACAAAGACGUGUUCAGCAGCUAUUGUCGUCUGCGAGAUUAAAAUGGACCAAACAUUGCUUCAGAUCCUGGUGAUUCUGGUGUUUUAUCAAAAAAUAACUUCAGGAGCUGUCCAAACCAUAAAGGAAGGGGAUCCUGUUGACAUCAGCUGUAAACCUGGUGAGAUGGGAACCAUGAUCAUCUGGUUUCGAGUGCUGGACAACUCUGGGAUGGAAUUCAUUGCAUCUUUUAGCACCAGCGGCAUGUUGAAGAAAUCCACAGACUCUUUCUCUAAUAUGUUUAUGGACUCAAAGAUGAAACAAAAUAUCCUAACACUGAAGUCGUUCAACAAAGCUCGUGACAGCGGCAUUUAUAGCUGCGGUUUGCUUCACAAAGGAACUGAACUGAAAUUCGGAGAAGUAACCCGGCUGGUUGGAGUUGAAGUCCCGGCCGAAGCAACACGGACCACCGCCAAACCAAGUCAGUGCACAUCUACCACAGCAUGUGUUUGUAACAACGAUAACAAGCAAGGAACAACAAAUCCUUCCCUGUUUUGUCCUUCAAUCAUACUGGGCCCACUGGCCGGCGGCUGUGGCCUCCUCCUUCUACUCCUCAUCAUCACCACCCUGUACUGCAAUAAAAUAAGGACACGGAGAUGCCCACACCAUCACAAAAGAAAGCCGCGGGCGGCUCCUGAAAAACAAGUGAAGACCAGCAGAUAUGUUUAAUCUAAAUGGUGCACUGACAUUUCUUUAAACUGCCAGUUAUUUCACAGUGUUAAGUUCUUGUUGGAGAAAAAAAUGUUGGUCUUAUUUACACAUCAGUGACAUCGCUGUUGAAUAUUUUCCUGCCAACAAGUUCUCAUUGCUCGUGACAGAACGUAUAAAGAAUUUUUAAAGUGGUUCAGCAGUUCAGUGCAUCAAAUAUUUUCAAAGCUCCUCAUUGUCAACAUCCAGUUUUAACUAUAUUGUGAUUUGACUGUCAGUAACUCUUUUCUUUACAUUCAGAUUAAACACUUUUAAUCAAGUAACGCAAUAUGAAAUGUGUUAUUUAUCCAAUCCCCAUGAAUGUUGAUAAUAAAAACCACUGACGUCCUGAGAAUAUUAAAAUUUUGCACUCUGAAUUUUCCUAAUCAAAUGUAUAUAAUUAAUUUUGCUGUAUAGAUUUUAUUGUCAUUUACAACUUGUACUUUUGACAAUCAAUUUUAAACUGUUUACUUUUUUCAGCAUAUUUUCUGACCUUAAUUACUGUACUGUCCUUUAGUUUUGUGAUUUAAACAAGAACGUAACUUGUAGAAAGAUUGUAUAACCACAGAAAAUGAUAAUAAAAUUUCCAGCUGGAGGUUACAGAAAUCUCUUAUGUUUAAUUUUAGAUCUUAAUUUUCAUUUCGUUAAGCUUGUUUUGGAGCUUUUCUCCAAAGUAUCAUUCCUCGCAAUUAGAAAUGUGUAGUUUCAAAGUAAAGAAUAACAACUUUGUUCAGUAAAUUGUGUUGUACAGUAAUUUAGAAUUAUCCCACUGUCUGAAUCUUUGUAAUUUGAAAUAUUGUAAACAAAAAUAAAAUAUGUAAUACCACUCAGACAAGCA